UCUGUUGCUCGGAGGUGGCCCGCAGCCUUUUGCAGCCCCGCCCGGCCUCUCCGGCAGCAGCUGCAGCUGCAAAGCCCCGCCCGGCCGCGGCUUCCAGGUGAGCUGCGGGGCUUGGCGGCGGGCGUGGCCCCGGCGGAGAGGGAGUGCGGGCGGGCGGUCCGGGCUGCCUAACCUCCGCCCGGCUGAGCCGCCGAGCCAGUGCCAGCCCCUCGCCAGUGCCCAGCGCAGCGCCAGCAUGUUCGGCGUCCAGCAACACGUCCAGGCGACGCCGCUGCCUCCGCCCUGGAGCUCCCGCUCCCAGCCGGCUGUCCCGUCUCCGCCCCGACGCGGCUACUGUCCGGUGCCGCCGCCGCCGGCGCCUUCCCGCUCCUGCUUCGACCCUUGCUUGGCGCCGCCGCCUUCGCUGCCCGCUACGCUGCCCCGCGCCCGCCAGAGCCGCCCGGCCCCGCUGCCCCUGCAGGUCCCGGCCGGCCCCGACCCCUUCCCGCCGCAGGAGGGUUGCAACGGGGGAGGCAGCGUGGUCUACGAACGGGUCCGCACCUACAGCAGCCCCGGCGGGAAGCGGGUGCAGCUGCUGGAGGCGCCCAACGGCUGCUCCCCCCGGGCGCUCUCGCCCUUCGACCCCAGCCCGGGCUACCAGCACGUCAUCUGGAGCAGCGACCCCCAGUUGCAGGAAGUGCCUUCUCCAGCCUUGAAACUGUCUCCUUAUUCCCAGGGCAACGUUCGAAGGAUCAUCUUGGAGAAUCCGGAGAAGGAGCCACUUUCUCCACUUCUGAGAGGAGGGAAUAAUGUGAUCUAUGAAAAGACCAUCAGGAAAUACGAGUUGCUAAAUCCAGAUGAGGAGAAGCAGUACCAGUACCUGCAGCAAACCCAGUCUGACCAAUGCCAAGUCAGCCAGCCAGCGGAACGAAUUCAAGUGGUUCAGCAAUGCCAACAUACAACCAAUGCCUGUGACUGUACUCCUGUCCGUGCCAAUGAUGUGGGACAGAGCAGCUUUAAUAAAGUUAUCAUACAGACACGUGAACCGGUGAAGGGCAUCCAGGAAAUAAAUGACCAGCUGGACUGCCGAUACUUUGGGGAGCUCCUAGCAGAACUGCACCGCAAGAGCAAUGACCUGCACAGCUGUUUGCUCCAGCAUGUUGAGAAGCUGGGCGGAAGAAGAUGCGAUCUGGAAUCUCUGAAUGAUGCAGAGGAUAUUGAGAGCUUGAUUCCUAAAGGGCUUUCGGAGUCGACGAAGCAGCAGAUCCGUUACCUUCUGGAGAUGAGAGCCACAGCUGAUAAGUCCAUGAGGCUGGUCCUUACCACCUUCAGCAACCUUCGAGAGGAGCUGAGCCACCUUCAGGAUGACUUAGGGAAACUGGAAAUGGACAAGAUGCUGCUUGAGAAAGACCUGGCUUUCAAAGAAGCUCAAGUAAAAGAAUACGAGAUGCUGCUGGCAUCUGUGCGUGAGAAUAAUCGUCAGCAGCAGCAAGCCCUCCGCGAAUACACUCUGAAGUGCCGUUCGCUGGAAGAGCAGCUGCUGUCUCUCCGCCACAACGACAGCGAGCGGGAAUUCCGGCUGAAAGACCUGGAAUACAGCAAACGAGCCUUGGAGCAGGAAAUCCAGAACUUGCGACUCCAGGCUUCCACCAAUCCUCUGGGCCAGACCACCACCGAUGAACUUUCCAGCCGCUACGUAGAGAUGAUCAACCAGCUCAGAGAAGAUAAAGACCGAGAGAUCCGCAGUCUGCGGUCCUCGUUGUCCGAAUUCCAGAAGGAUUUCUCAAGGAAGCAAGGUAGCGACACUGACCUUCAGAUGAGACUGCAAGACUUGAUCCUCAAGCUGGAAGAGAGGGAGGCUUGCAUCAAGCGACAGGAGGAAGAAAUCUUCAGAUUGAGACAAGACAAAAUAACCAACCCAUCCCAAGGAAUCACAAAGACCAUCAUCACAAAAAAGUACAGGAAUCACUAUCCCAUCCUCGGCCUCCUGUCCGAUGACUACAAAACUACGUCAUCGUCUCUUGGAGAAACCCAGACGAUUGUGAUUGAAAAAACCGGAGAAACCUGGCAGAAGGAUUCGUUUACUUCUGAUUAGAGACCCGCUGGCUUCUUUCAAGAAUGAGUAGAUCUCCUGGACAAGUUGUGACUGAUCAGAAGAGUCUGCAUCAAAAUGAAUAUCGUUGCGUUGCUAUUGUUUUGCUUGCCUUCAUAUAAUGCUUAAAAGUCUGAGAUAAUUCUGGAUCCGUCAGGGGUUGGCAGGAGUUGCGAAAGCACACUUGAUACCAAAGGCAGCAUUUGAACAAGUUUUUCGCAGCAGUGGGUUGCUACUUUCAAACUUAAUUGGUCAGCUGAAGCAAUGUAUGGAUAUAUGUAUGGGGUCAGGAAGGAAGGUGGGCUGGGGAAUUCAGAAAUCACGUUUAUGCUAGCCGAGCUUCUGUCUUCUCCCUUUUUUACUCCCAAAGAUCUGAGAAACGACAUCCGAUACCUGCCUGAUGCUUCAGUUUGCAGAGAUCAAUAAUUACUGACUAAAUGUUUUUCUACUUUAUUGGAAACGUUCAGUCCGUUAACCAAUAUUAUCUAGGAAUCGGUAAGAGAUUCUCAGUCAUCCAGGUUGUCCCAAAGGUGCUUUUUCAGGAGGCAACUGGACUUCCUUGUUUUUUUUUCUUUUGAAGACGUUUCGCUUCUCAUCCAAGAAGCUUCUUCAGCUCUGACAGGAUAGUGGGGAACGGAAGGAUUUAUAUUCCUUGCAGACAGCUGGUCAUUUGCAUCCUUUUAGAGGGUCGUUGAGGCCACUUGGAGAUUUAUCUGUGUCCUCAGGGUCACCUCAGUGGUACACCUGGUUCCUGUAGCCUGCAGUUUUUUUCCUCUGGAAAUCCAUUCCUACUCCCACACCAUUCAAAGGGUGUUCGUCCCAAAUUGAAUAGCUAAAAGUCUGCAGAACAAAAUUUCCACUGCUAAGCAAGACAGACUUGGAGGAGAAGCAAAAUGUCUCCAAAGAAAAAGUCCGGUUGCCUUCUGAAAAAGCACCUUUGGGAUUAUCUAGGAAUGCUAAGAUUGCUUCCAACACAGCCGAUUAAUGAAAGCAGUCAAGUGUUAUUUGAACACGUAUACUUUUCUUUAAUAUAUGUUUUCUCACUAGUAGUUGUCUAUCCUUUUGGAAAGCAGAAAGAGUUAGCACCUUUAGUUAAAGUACCUAAUCAGUAGAAUUUGGGUGUAGGGUUGGUUUUUGAUAUUGCUGUAGUUACUCUGUGGUGUGGUGGGUCAAAUCUUGAGUUUGGACCAAAUGCGGUAAAUUUUUGUUCUAUGCUUUGAUUGGUCGCAUGAAGCUAAAAUCGAAGAUGUGGGGAAGGAGGAAGGACUGGAAGGAGAAUUGAUGAGAAAGGAACUUCGCUACGGCUGUUGGUUAAAAAAUUGUAUGCCGUUCAGAGAACAUUAGAUAAUGAUUAAGGACAAGUUGAAAACUGGCUUUGAGGUUUGAAAAUUGUACUUGUUUGAGCGUUGCGAUGGAUGUGGUCGUAGAUUCACAGCAUCACAAGCAAGGUCAGUUGAAGUUGUACUGUACAGUCUUCCAUCUAGUGCUGGGGAAGACGCACCUCCCAAUUCAGGAAGGCAAGAAUGAGAGAUGGAGAGUAGAUGACACACUUGCAGGAGAUAUGUCUUCGAUUCUGCUGUGCAUAGAUGCAGCAUGCUUGCUUAUUCUUGAUGGCUUAUAGAGUCAACUAACUGAUAAAGGAGGCUUAUAUUUGUAGCUCAGGGUUGAAAUGAGAGGUCUGAUGUUCUUUGAACUUGGUUGUUGCAGACGUUUAAUUACCAAACUAGGUAUCAUCAUCAGGGCUAGAAGGGAGUGGGGUUUGUAAUUGCGUCUUGUAUGUAAGCAGAGAGCAAACCCCACUUCCUUCUAGCCCUGACGAUGUUACCUGGUUUGGUAAUGAAACGUCUCAGACAGCUCAGACAGCACCAAAGAUCCCUAGGAGACAAUUAACUUUAUAAAUGGAAAUAACGUAGUGGGGUGGGGGGUGUCAUAGAAAGAUGUGUAAUAUUCCCUUUCUCAAAAUUGGCCUCAGGAUUUGAGACUGAAGAGUUUGCAGUUAACUGGUCUACACAAGGGAGCAUCCUAUGUUGCGAUGUUGCAUUAAUGGUGCAACUAAGAUUGAUGUAAAUGUUUAAUCUUGCUUCCAGAUUGACAGGCAAUGGGUUUACCAGGCACAGAAAUGCAGAAUCUCUGUAGAAUUGUAUAUGGCAGGGAAUAAAAUAUGAAAAAAAUAUUCUUUACCUCCAUUUUUGUGGCACAGAUCUAUGAAGCCUGGUUAAACCCUAACUAUGGAAAUAAAUAAAUAAAAACUCCUGGAUUUUAUAAGCUGUGUUAAGACUUUUAGACAAAGGAACUGGUAAAUAGCUCUGAGGCUGUGUGCUUUGUACUGUAGUCUCUCAAGACAAAAGAUUUCCUAAGAGUAAGCUUUUUCUAAACAAUCAUUGAAUGUCUUUAUCAAUGACGGCUUUUAGAUGCAUGAGUCAGCUUUUGAUGUCACUUCAUUUCCUAUUUUGACAAGAGGUUUAUUUCAUCUCUCAUCUUUUGACCUGAAAAACAUUUGCCGUUUGUUCAACGAUGUUCUUUAAAAAAACACGCACACACACACACAGAUCUGAAAUACAAAACAAUAAUAAUAGACUUAAUAAUAAUAAACACAGAUCAUCUAAAACUUCAACCCCACUGUUUGAAGGCUGCAGCUCUCUGCCAAACCUUCCCUAGAAGUAAUUCCGAUUGAGAUUUAAAUUUCAAGUCGGGUCAAGCUCUUACAUACAACUUGCAUUUUUAGAGAUAGCUUUGAAAAAGCGGAAAAUAAACUCUGAGCCUGUGUUAAUGUUGUGAUUUCAGAGGCAGUGAAAAUAUGGAGGAUGUGGUUCAGUGAUUAUUCACAAUUCUAAACUAUUAUUGAAUGUCUUUAUCGAGGAUAAAGAUUUAGAGUCGCUUUGGAUAAUGAGGUGGGCGGCAUAUAAAUUUAAUAAAUAAAAUAACUCAAAUCAGCUCCCAUACGGACCUUUUAUUCUUAGGCAGCUAAAUCUAUUUAAGCAUCAGCUCACAAUGGUGACCUACUGCACGUUUACUGUACAUAUACCAUGUAUCUCGAGUAGGCAUAACUGUCUAGACAAGCUUCAAUAUAACAGAAAAAUCUAAUUUGAUAGGACUUGGAAUUUAUUGUAUUUUUUGACUUGCCAGAGUAAAAGUGUUGAGGCUCACAUUUCUCUCUCUGGCUUCCUUGCUCUAUAGCAGGGGUGUCCAAACUUGGUCCCUUUAAGACUUUUGGACUUCAACUCCCAGAGUCCCUCAGCCAGCAAAGCUGGCUGAGGAACUCUGGGAGUUGAAGUCCAAAAGUCUUAAAGGGACCAAGUUUGGACACCCUUGCUCUAUAGCAAAGGUCUCCAACGUUGACAACUUUGAGACUUGUGGACUUCAACUCCCAGAAUCAGCAAAGCUGGCUGAUGAAUUCUGGGAGUUGAAGUCAACGAGUCUUAAAGUUGUCAACGCUGGAGACUCCUGCUCUAUAGUAUUGCUGAAAGUUGAACAGUCAACCAAACUAAUACAGUUAAUCCUCGACUUACGACCACAACGGAGCCCCAAAUUUAUGUCGCCAAGCAAGACUUAACAACCUUUCUUGCCACCGUUGAGAAGCGAAUCACAGCCGUGGUCAAGCGGUCAAGUAACAUGGUUGUUAAGUGAAUUGUCACGAGGUCACAAAAGGGGAUCAGAUGACCCCCGAUUACUGCAACCGUCAUAAAUAUGAGUCGCCUAACAUCUGAGUUUUGAUCACCUGACCAUGAGAAUGCUGCAAUGGUCAUAAGUGUGAAAAAAAAAAGCUCAUAAGUCACUUUUUUUCAGUAUCAUUGCAAAUUUGAACGGUUGUUCAAUGAAUUGUUGUAAGCCAAGGACUAGCUGUACAAGCAAAAAGGACGAAGUUGGAUUUUGAAAUGGGUGAAAAUUAAUGAAGCGUAUUUCGCUAUUCUCAAACAUAAUCGCAAACCAUUUGCUCAAUAUCUCACAGAAGGAAAACGUUAGGAGUUUAAAAUAUUUUAAAUUAAGAGCUGUUUUGCAACUAUAAAAUGCCAGUGGGUUUUCUUGUAAAGGUCUUGUUUUGUGGCUUUGGUAAUGUUUAUCCUUUUUUCUUGCCCUUGCCUGGGUGAAGGUGUUUUUGGAAUUGACAUGGACAACCUUGAAUAAAUCCGUGAUAAUAUACAAGAAUACAACUGACUCUCUUGGUUAAUUUUUUUUUUUAAAAAAAAAUACGUUUCUAAGCUUGACGGUUUAGAUCUCAUGUUUCUUCAGGCUGUCGCUACGUAAAUAAAACUGGACAUUAACUCAGGGGUGAAAUGUAAAAUUUGUUACUGCCGGUUCUGUGGGCGUGGCUUGGUGGUGGGGGUAAUGUGACUGGGUGGGCGUGGCCAACUUUUUUUUUUUUAACUUUUAAAAGCAUUGUAAAAAAAUGCUUUUAAAAGCUUCUGACGAUCAGGCAACUCAGCUGGAAUCGCCAGAGGAGCCUUUUAAAAGCAUUUUUUUCAACCUCUUCGCCCAAAGAGGUUGUAGAAAAAAUGCUUUUAAAGGGUUCAGACAAUCCCAGCUGAGUUGCCUGAUCGCCAGAACCCUUUAAAAGCUUGUUAUUUUACAGCCUCUUCGGCCGAAGAGAUUCUGAAAAAAUGCUUUUAAAAGGUUCAGACGAUCCCAGCUGAGCCGCGCUAUCAUCAGAGGCUUGGUUUUACUUUUAAAAGCAUUUUUUUCUAAGAAAAAAUGCUUUUAAAAGUUUUAAAAAAACCCUGAUGAUCGUGCGACUCAGCUGGACAAUGGACGGGGGGACGACGGGGGGCAGGGAUUUUUGUUACCGGUUCUCCGAACCAUCCGCUACCGGAUCAGGUGAUCUGGUCCGAAACAGGAGCAUUUCACCCCUGCAUUAACUGUUCAUCUUAGGCAUACAACAUGUAGAACUGGUGGUAGAACUGGUGGCCUUGUAGAUUUCCAAAAUAAGUAUAUAAGCUAGAAUAGCCUUCUUUAAAAAUAUAAAAAGUACAAACCCAAGGAGCAUCCUUUGACAUUUAAAACAAUUGCAUGACGUGCAAGUAAUUUUAGUAGAAAUGCGAUGUCAGUUUCUUACUCACUUUAAAAGUUUUAGACCUUGUUAAAUAUUUUAAUUAGAGCUAUACCACCUGGCACUUAUAAAUUUUUACAGCCCUUUUUCUUCCGCCAUCUAGCAGAAGGUCCACAGUCCACAUUUUGUAGCUGAGCUAUACAAAUCACAAGAGCUUAAGUGUUAAUGUUUGGGGCAAACGUAUAUGACAUGCUGCACGAUCCUUGCUAAUGCAUCCUAUGAACUAACAGCAAUUUAAUAAACCAGAUUUACUUUCAA